CUGAAACGCUUUGUUACUUCAGAAUACUAUCCAUUUGUUCUUCAUUGUAACAGAGCUUCGCAUCUUGGAUCUUUCAGAAUCGGUGGCCCUAAUGCCACAGUUACGACUCCUAAUGGAUUGUAUUUCACUACACAACGCUAUGCUCUCGUUACCUUUCAAACAGAUCCCGUCAUCCAGAAAACUGGAUUCCAGUUCGUCUACGAGUCUGUUUUCACUGCGAAUCCAUGCAAUCGAGACAUUGUGCUCAUGCUGAGCGGCCUUUCCACUGUCGGAACACAGGAAAACUUCCAGAAGGUGACUCGUCGAGAACUCGUUGUUCGUAGGGUGUUAAUGAGACUCUUCACACUGUGUAUCUUUCAGCAGCUUGACUUCGUCGCCAAUCAACUAAGCCCAACAUGGCAGGUUGGGCUCGAUAAAAUCCGGGUGGUUCUCAAUCUAGUGGUAGACGCAGACUAUUCAGUUAUUUGGACCGCUGAUGAUCUGGCGACGAACCAGUUAUUGAGCCAGACAGUCCUUGGUUUGACUCAGGAUGUCCCCGAUGUCACCCAGAACAACAACACUGAUCUUGAAUGCAUCUUCAAAUACGCGCAACUUGCCGUCAGUUUCGACGCGAAAGAAGACAAGGAAAGAGAUGGGGUGGAGAAGGCAGUAAUCGCAUUCGUACCGCAGAAUCCCAAUGACGAUCAAGAUUUCUAUGCAGCAAUGGAAUUUGCGCACUUGGUACGCACUACAGACGACACGAAGGUAAAUUUGGAAGCCUUCUGUUCUGAUUGUGCAGUCGCAUCUGCCCGGUAG